GACCACGGCGACGACAUGGCGGGGAGGCUGCUGCCCUUGCUGCUGCCCCUGCUGCUGGCGGUGCGGCCGGCGCAGGCCUCGUUCAACCUGACGUGGGGCGAGCUGAGGGAGGCGACGGGCACGCUGCACGCGCCCCGCGGCCCCGGCGCCAGCCUGGACGACCUGGUGCCCGCGUGCGGCGACUGGCACAGCCCCUACUCGCAGCGCAGGCCCAACGAGCCGUCGCUCUGCAUCACGCACCCCAACUGCACGCGUGCGUCAUGCCACCUGCUGUUCGAGCUGGACGAGGCGGUUACCGACCGGCCCACCACCAUCUCGCCACCGCUCUACAGCGACAAGCCCAGCCAGUCCGCAGUGUGGGGCUGGGGCAUGCUGUCCGUGGGCAUCAUCUCGCUGUCGGGCAUCUUCGGCGGCCUGCUCUGGCCGGUCCUCAACAGCCGCUACUACUCCACCGUCAUGAGGUUCUUGAUCGGCCUGGCCGCCGGCUCGCUCACCGCCACCUCCAUCUUCCAGCUCAUCCCCGAGAGUCUGAACAUGACGCAGCCCGGCAGCCAGAGCCACCUGGACACGGGGCUCAUCAUGCUGACCAGCAUCUGGCUGCUGUACUUCGGCGAGACGGCCUGCAAGAUCUUCUUCAGCCACGAUAAGGCUCCCCCUCUUUUCAUUCCCAAGGAUGCAGUUGCAGGGAUGGAGAAGGGGACGGUGGCGUUGAAGGACAUGUCCAACAACCACGUCGACGGCCACCUCCACCUCCCCGAGGCGGACGGCCUGCUGCCCACCCCCGCCGAGGCCAAGAAGAAGGCGUCGCACGGCCACUCGCACGGCGACGGCGGCAGCGGCCUGGCCGCCGUGGCCUGGAUGGUGGUGCUGGGCGACGGCCUGCACAACUUCGUGGACGGCAUGAGCAUCGGCGCGGGCUACACGCAGAGCAUCGGCACCGGCGUCUCCAUCAGCCUGGCCAUCGCCUGCGAGGAGUUCCCCCACGAACUGGGGGACUUCGCCAUCCUCAUCAACUCGGGCGUGUCGUUCCGACGCGCGCUCGCGCUCAACUUCGGCUCGGCCUGCACGGCGUUCGGCGGGCUGGUGCUGGGCGUGGUGCUCGGCGAGGUGCAGUACUCGUACCUCAUCUUCGCCUUCGCGGGCGGCCUCUUCCUCUACAUCGCUCUGGGCAGCCUGACUCCCGAGCUGAAGACCAUGGUCGACGAGGAGCUCGAGUCCAAAGGGCGCUCGUCCGCCGCCCUGGCCCUGAGCUUGCAGCUACUCGGGGUCGGGUUCGGUGCCACGGCACUGUACCUCAUUACAAGGUACAACGACAGCAUACGUGUAUGAUACACAUACAAUUACCAGCAACUUUUUUUAUUUUUUAUGUUAAAAUAUUUGUAAAUAAAAAUAACUGUAAUUUUAGAA